AUGUAUCAACAAGGAUAUGGCCAACCGAUGCAGCAGCAAGGCUACGGAAUGCAGCAGCAGCCGCAACAACAGCAAUGGGUGCACAUCGACCAGCAUAACAAUAUUCUCAAGAACUUUCGCCUUGCCCACGAGCAAGUCGAAAGUCAACGACGGCAGAUGGAGGAGCAGGAGCGAGUCAUUGCGUCACUUCGAGAUCGUGUGAAUAGGCUUGAAGGCGGUCCAGAGGAUAAUAUCCGUCCCGGUGGACCAAAGGGCGGGUCUUCCGUCGAUGAUUUCUCUAUCAAGGCAAGUUUCCAACGGUUUGGAGAUAAUGCCGGCGCCAAUCUCGAAAGGCUGAUCAACCGAUGGGCAGUCGACACUGUGCGAACUCCACCAGCUACGCUGAAUGUCCUCCGAGACGCGGUUCUGAAAGAUAUCUUUGGGAAUGCACCACCUCCGGAUGAUACUGCUGCCACGCCUGCUGUUGUUCAGGCGCUUUUACGGCACGCAAUGUCCGAGGCUGUCUCGGAGGGCAUUGUCAACUGCCUCAUUGUGACCAACUCAUCUGAAGCUAAUGUCCAACUGACACGAAUUCAUGAACACUUGUUUGCGCGAGACGCAACCGUCGCGUCUGUAUGGCGACGACAAACCUAUUCAGCCGCCGUCGAGUCGUGUACUCCAGAGAUGUCGAUAUUGAUCAUGAAGGAAACGAUACCAAAUCUGACCAAACUGGUCUCGAUAGAUGGCAAGACUCCACCUCCGACCUGUACGCAGAUUCUGGACAAUGCAUAUGCGUUUUCGCGCAUGCUGCACGGGUCCAAGUCGACUUCUGGCGGGACGACGGACGCAUUUUAUCGUGCAUUCGUUCCGGAACUUGGCAGUGUACUGCAUCCGAGGCAGAUUGAGCUCAUCAAGCGCUGCUUGAAGAGUGAGCGCGGGGAGCAGGAUCGCGUCGGUGCAUGUGUGUUCCCGGGCUUGGUGAAGAUAUCCAGGGGUCAAGCUGAAGGUGGGAAAGACGUAGAGGACACGCAAGUUGUGGUCAGGCGGGCGCAGGUACUUUGCCAGUGCGCACUUGGGUACCAUAGCGAGCAGCAGCAACACCAGCAGACGCCUUCACAUGCAUCGACUCCACCGUUGCAAUAUGCGCAAUCGACGGGAUCAAGUAUGCCUUACCAACAGUAUUGA